AUGGAGUCUCAGCGUGACCUGGUCUUCUGCCACGAGUGCGAGAACGAGUGGUUCCGAGACGAGGGCGGCCUGACAUGUCCGGACUGCCAUUCCGACUUUACAGAGAUCAUCGAGGCACAACAUGACCCUAGACAGGCCCAUGCCGAGCACCAAGACCCGCCGCAUCCUUUCCACAACCACAAUCCGUGGGCAAACACUCCCCUCGACGCCCCGGAUCCCGACGAGAGCGACAUUCCCACCUUCCAAUACCGCACCAAUCCCCAAGGCGGCAUUUCUAUGAGCUUCAGUCAUACUUUCUCUUCUUCCAACAGCCCUCGUAAUCCUGCCUCACCCGGUCCUCAGAACGGACAAGCACCCGACGCCAUCCUCAGAAUGCUGAACCAAAUCAUCGGUGGAACCGGACGUCAACCACAUCCCGCUACUCGCAAUCCCGCACCACAAUCUCCCGACGGCGAACCCAACGUACGCGUCUUCACCGGCGGCGGUCCCAACUUCCAGUACACGGCCCGUCUUGCUCCUCGCGACGCCAACAGUCCCCAAGCCCACGCCCAGGCCAUCGAUAACCUUCCGGGCAUUCUCAACCACAUGUUUGGUGGCCCUCCACGAGGAGCUGGUCCCGAUCCUAACUUCGAGCCACUUGGCUUUGGUAACUUGCUGAACACUCUCUUCAAUCCUGCCAACAUGCAACAUGGCGAUGCUGUCUAUAGUCAAGAAGCUCUGGACCGAAUAAUAUCUCAGCUCAUGGAGCAGAAUCAAUCCAACGCCCCAGGCCCUGCCUCGGCCGAAGCCAUUGCCUCUCUGCCAAAGAAGGCCAUCACCAAGGAUGAUUUGGACGAAACAACCGGAAAGGCCGACUGUUCCAUCUGCAUGGAUGAGGCUCCCAUCGGAAGUCAAGUCACCUGCUUACCCUGCAGUCAUUGGUUCCACCCCGACUGUAUCAAAGCCUGGCUGGGCGAGCACGACACAUGUCCCCAUUGUAGACAGGGUAUCAUGCCUCAAGAUGGCCCCGAGGAUGCAACAAGACCUAGAGAACCUGGUCAGACUGCAAGAAACAACAGAACAUGGGGUCAAGGUGAAGGUACCAGAGAUGAUCCCAUAAAUUUCCCUGAAAGUCCCGAACGUUCUCGAGCCGCCACUGCUGCGUGGGCUCGCAUGAGAGAUGCAUUCGGUGGUGGUAAUGGAGGAGGUGAUAAUUCUCCCUCGGGAGCUUCUUAG